AUGUCGCAGCAGCCAAGUCCUUCGGCUCAGCAGGCCCACGAUGCCAACCCUCAAGACGUCCUCGCCGAGGCACGCAAGAAUCUACAGUGCCUAAUUGACUCAGGCCUCUCCAAGGAACUGCUGCAUCAGCUGGUCGACGGGAGCCAGGCUCUCAAUCUUAAUCUCAGCGCGAUGACUGCCAUGCAAACCAUGCCCGCGAUUCCAUCUCAAUCUCAGACUCAGUUCAGCCAGCAAACCGGCAACCCGAAUCAAAGCGCCAAUACAGCCUCGCUUGCUCCUCCACCACCACCAAUGCGAUGCCCUCCCCCGCCCCCGGUUGCAUCGAAUGUGCCUAGUGUUCAGACCGUUACAGCAGCUCCUUCUCGCCGUUCAUCGACUGCGACGACCCCAACACCGUCCGUUGAGAUUAAGCAUGAAGUCCUCCCCGAGGACGUGAACUAUCACGAUACAGCCAUGUUCCUGCCCCCUCAGGUAGCGUUCAGCCAUCGUCCUCGUAUCUCGGUCUCUUCAACAAGCUCUGGAUCCUCAGGCCAUGCGUCGAUCUGGUCAACCAACUCGGGACAGUCAGCGAUGUCGUGGCAAUCUACUUCCACCUGUAACCGAUCACAGGCGCCGCUUCCGAUUCCCCCUUCCAGUUCCAUGAACGGUCUUAGCCCUAUGAGUGCCCCGGUAGGUACAGCUGGCAAGACAAACAUCUAUUGGUGCACCUCCUGUGAAACGAGCUUUAAGCGCAAGUACGACUGGAAGCGCCACGAGGACGAGUUUCACGAGCGCUGGCGCAAGUACCCUUGUCCCGAGCCUGGAUGUAACCGCAGUUUUUGGGGAUCCAACUCGUUCAAUCAGCAUCACAAGCAAUGUCAUGGCUGCAAGACUUGUCCCCACGCUGAGAAAGUAGUCAAAUUCCUCCGAAAACGUAAGUACUGGGCUUGUGGCUUCUGCUCUGCUCUUCAUCCAGCUCGCGAGCGCCAUGUCGAACAUGUUGCCCGCCACUUUGAGUCGGGCAUGACCAAAGGCGACUGGAUGCACUCGCGUGUUGUUUAUGGUCUUCUGCACCAGCCUCUGAUCCACGAGGCUUGGGACGCGCUUGUCGUUAGCAAGCAGCCCGAGUACAACGGACGACGGCCUCAGUUCAGUUGGCACCCAAGCAAAACUGGCCGUGCCCAAGGAUUCCUCGAGAACGAGAAUCCCGGCCAACUUCAGGAUCUUCUUGAAUUCUUCUCUGGCGAUGAGGGUGAAGCGCAGUGGAUUGUCAGCGUUGCUUAUGACCUUGCCGAUAUCGUUCUCACCUCAGCGCCUAUUCCCUCGCCGCAGUAUUCUCAUGCCUCUCUUGGACCCCAAGGUUUUGGACACGAUCCUCGUAUGUCGUUCAUGCCACUGCCCACUCAAGGCCACCCAGGUCACCAGUCUUUGAUGCCUUCACCCGAUCCUCAACAGACACAAUUUACCACACCUUUCCGAAACACGAUAAUGGUGCCUUCCCAACAAUUCACCUCGCCUUCAAGGCCUUCGCCUGCAUCGUCGGCUCACUCACCAUUGGGACCAUCAACGUCACCACUGAUGCCUCCACCAGCACCGUCACCCUUGGAAAAGCGUGAGCUUCCGCUACCACCCCCACCUCAAUCUCAAGGGCAUGAACACGGUGAAUCGAUGAUGGAUUUCGAGUAUUCGCCGGCCCCUGUAGUGUUUGACGAUUGGGAGAGUCUAACAGGCGCUGUUAUUGAACAGCCUGGUCAACAACAUAACGGACCACCAGCCGAUUGGGGCAUGGUGCAGUAUUUUAACGACCCGCGGGUCACCUCAUGA